ACAUGGCUGCAAGUGCCUGCACACCUUAGUAUUCAUCACAAACACAAGGGGCACAUAAAGGGAAUAAAAAAUACUCUUCGCGGGUGUACUGUAAUUGAAAUGCCACACAUGAAACAGUCAGUUGCAUUCCAGGAGUUCUGAAGUCUCUCGACAGCAGAUUAUUAUGAUAAAGAUGUGAUUCAUCGAGUCUGGGUAGCAAUAGAGUGAUGUCAGGAGAUGAAAAAGUCGAGGAGAAUUAUCAAAAAUUAUCCAGACUGGUAAUCGACAGAGGAAUUGAACGAAAUGCCAAGUUUGAGGAAGAAGGUGGUGGGCUUCAUGCGCCAGCUCUCGAUUAGCAAUUUGACAGCAGCUGUUGAGAGUAUUGGGCAUGGGGAAGGCUCACUCCAUCCACCAAGGUCACCGCCUGCUGAUAUUCUUGGGGGAUGCUUCAUCACGAGAUAUUUGAAUGGAUUGGAUCAGAAAACCGAGGGACCUGUCAUUCUUCAUGGCAGAACCCCGGAAGAACUGCCCUCGAAACCCCUGGGUAAACUAGACAACGAUGAAGAGGUAUUUGCAGCUGUAACGGGUCCUGAUCGGGGCCUAACAACGGUAAACCUCAGGCAGAGACACUUGAGUAUCAGUGACCCAGAUGUUGAUUACAUUGACAUACUGGAGCAGAGUGAUCCACAAACGACUGUUAACACCUCGAUGGAUUGUAUAUUUUCCGUGGCGCAUGAUCGUUGGUUAGUCAUACGCACAAAAGAAACAUCACUGUGUCCAAUAGACAACAGUGGAGUUAAAAUACGUGCAGCUGGAAAAUUGUACGAGCCAGAUAACAAGUACACGAUGAACAUGAGCGAAACAACAGGAGUUAACAAAAACUACAGCGUUAAAUUUAUGGAUGAACACAUUCACAAUGACUAUCUAUCCAACAACGUGAUGAGUGAGCCUGCCAGGGCGAGCGUUAGAUUCGAUACAAAUUGCGUCAAUGCUAACGUUCCACCAGGGGACUUCUUCAUUGGUCAGGAGGAUCCACUCGAGGGCUCCAGUGACAGUCUCAAUGAUAAUUCCGAGGAGGAUAAGAUUGAUAUUGUACUGAGAACAGCUUCUGACGACACUCUCGAUAAUAUGGAUGAGGCUGACUCUGAUAAUGAUAUCAUACCACCUCCUUCCGAUUUUGCCAAUGAAAUGAUUCCACUCAGGAAGUCCAAGAGUGCACCAGCACCCUUCAAAAAGGCCCAGCAAGGGUCAGUUAGCAGUCCAGAAGUAGCAGGAGUAACUGACUGGUUUUCACCUCACGAUAUGGCCUAUGGAAUAGCCACAACACUGUACGAAAAAAAUCCUACAAAUAAUGUUACCAAUGGCGAGCCUAUUGCUGACUGUUUCGCCGUUGCUGCCAGGCCAAAUGCAGCUGUAUUAGCACUUGCCGAUGGUGUGAAUUGGGGUCCUAAAGCGAGUAUUGCAGCUCGUUCAGCUGUGCACGGUAGCAUGGACUACCUCAACAAAGCACUAUUUUCAUCACCAUUAAACAGCGGUAUUACGACAACACGUGACGUAUUCAUCGCACUGUUAUGCUCAUUUCAUGCAGCUCACGCUUUGAUUCUCCAAGAACAGGGAAUGCUUACGACUUUAACUGUGUGCGCAGUAUUGCCACUGCCAAAUCCACAGGGAUCAAACAUCAGGCCUAAGAAAUACAUUGCCUGCACUUGCAAUGUUGGCGAUAGUCUCGCUUAUGUUUAUUCCAAAAAGACUGGAGUACGAGAGAUAACUCGAGGCUCCCAUGACAUUCACUGCAUGCGAGACAUGCGUGAUGCCCUCGGGGCGUUGGGCCCAGUGGACGGUUGCAAUCCGGAAUUGAACAAUCUCACUCUAGCGAUGACGGAAGUCGAGCAGGGUGACAUUGUGUUCUUAACGAGCGAUGGAAUUUCUGAUAAUUUCGAUCCAGUCGUUGGGAAAUUCGCCAUUCUUCCAAGUGGGCCCACCUCGGCCCGGUCCGCCAAGUCCGAUGGCAGACAGACCAAGAAUUACAAGAGACCUGAUCACGUCAGGAGGACCAAUUCAGCUGGCCAUGCCGAUGGAAAUGAUUUACCUGUUGUUGAGGCUUAUCAACGACAUGAGUUGACUCUACUCAGGAUGGAGGAUCUUUUGAGGAGGGGAGUUUCUGGGGACGGACCGCCAUGUCAAAGUGCCAAAAAAUUGUGCGAACUCGUGCUCGAUUUUGCGGUUCGAAUAACAGCUGCAAAAAGACGAAUUCUCGAGGACGCAGACCUCUACUACUCUCAAUCUAAAGACGGUCAACUGGUGCAGCUCUCGAAACUCGAGCAGCGAUCACGAAGGAAGAAGAUGCUUGACAAAAUGUCGAUGGUCCCUGGGAAGUUGGAUCACGCCACAGUCGUUGCGUACGUCGUAGGCUCCUAUGGCGCCGCUGAGAGCGAUCUUUAGUCAUCGUCCCGUUGAAAAAAAACACGACCACGUGAAGAGUCAUGCACAGAAUUUAUUUACAGAGCAGAAAUAUCCAAAUUAAAUAUAGCAGUUAUCCUCCGGGACGUGUCAGUCUUGUUUUCGUUUAGUUUUCGUUUCUUCCAAAGGUUUUAAAAUGAUACUAGUAUUAGGAAUACCGAGCCACUGCCCAUGAAUCAUUUUUGCUGGACCUGUAAAAUUUAUUGUAUAAAAUAUUCAUCCGUCACUGGAUCUCGGGAAUUGAGUCGAGGCGUCCGAUCCUCUUUGGAUGCCAUAUUUUUGUAGAGAUUGGGUAGAUGCACCUAAAGAAAUAUACAAAUGCCACUGAACAGGAUAGGAAUUAAUCGAUGACUUGAGAAUUCUCAAAACAUUUAAUUAUUCAUCAUCAAUGGGAAACUUGCAUGAAUUACAGUAUUUUUUGUUAAGUAAAACUUUUUCACAAUAAUUAACAGAAAACCAGUCGUUUGCGGAUAGGAAACGUCUCACUAGUAUUAACAACCGAUAAAAACAUUGAAAAGAUGUCAUGCAAGUUUCCUACUCAAUGGAUUAUUCGGGUAAAGCAAUAGGUGUCGAGUCACUGUUGAAAAAUGUAUUUUUUAUUCAUUGAUUUUGUUCAUUCUCUAGCUCCUAAUGGUUUUAUUACAGAGCCAGGCAGCUGACAUAGCCCCCGGCACUUGUAUUCCAUUGAAAAUUUAAUUUAAGUCAUGUCUCCAUAAGAAUAAUAGUAUUAUGUUCAUAACUUUAUAUUUUUUUAAACGAGUAACCCAAUGAUAAGUUAAUUGUAAUUGUUUUUUUUUGUUAAAUAAAUUUUUAAUUUCACUGGA